AUGGCGAGCUUGCUGGACGUCGUGCGCCAGUGCCAGAACGACAACCCGUGGGAAGACAAGAGCCUGCGCGCAUUCUGCGUCGAUGGUGUGCAGAUAGGAUUCGUGCCGGAGCAUGUGCUCAGCGUGAUUGAGGCCUACCUCGCAAAAGAGCCGUCGGUCGUCGUCAUCGAAAAGGACGUGCUCACCUUUCGCCCGGACGCCGACGCGGCGCAGCGCAGUAGAGACAUGGCGCGCCUCGUGGAAUGGAUGCGCGAUACAAAGAAGUUCCCGGAUCCGCUCGACGGCUGGCGCAACGAGCGGUACAAUAUCUAUGGCCCCGGCACGGACGGUGCGCGGUCCUCGGUCGCAUUUACGCUUGAGCGCGCGGCGUGCGGCCUGUUUGGUCUGACGACCUUUGGCGUGCAUCUUACGGCCUAUCUUCCCGAUGGCCGCAUCUGGGUGCCGCGUCGCUCGCGUACCAAGCAGACCUGGCCGGGAUACUACGACAACUCGGUCGCUGGCGGCAUCACGGCCGGCGAUCCGCCUAUGGAGUCGAUCGUGCGCGAGUGCCAGGAAGAGGCGGGCCUCCAAGAGGAGCAUGUGCGCCCAUACAUCAAGCAAACCGGCCUCAUCACCUACUUCUACAAGACAACCGGAGGAUGGCGGCAGCCCGAGAUGCAGUACAUCUACGACCUUGCGCUGCCCUCGGAUGCGAUCCAGCUUGCGCCGGGAGACGGCGAGGCAGAGUCGUUCGACCUGCUCGACAUCCCCACGGUGCUCGACCUGAUGCGUGCAGGCAAGUUCAAGGCCAACUGUACCCUGGUCCUCAUCGACUUCCUGAUGCGACACGGCUGGCUGACGGCGGAAAACGAGAAGGAUUAUACCGAGAUUGUGUCGCUGCUGCACACGCCCCUGCGUCUUCCUACGCCGUGA